AUGAGGGUCCUUUCACAUAACUACCGUACAUUCUCCACUUCAACUUCAGCACGAUAUUCAUUUCCAUGGAUAUCUCCACUGCAAUUUUCCAAAGAAGCUUCUCCUGUACCACAUUCUCUAGAGGAAACCUCAAACACCCUUGUGGAAGCUCCAAGGAAACGAAAGUUCAUCUCACACGAGUCUGCCAUAAAUUUGAUCAAGCAUGAGAGAGAUCCACAACAUGCAUUAGAAAUAUUCAACAUGGUGGCUGAGCAAAAGGGAUUUAGUCACAACCAUGCUACCUAUUCAACCUUAAUCCAUAAGCUAGCACAAGCUAAGAAGUUUCAGACUGUUGAUGCACUUCUUCACCAAAUGACCUAUGAAACUUGCAAAUUUCAUGAAAAUAUAUUCCUUAACCUUAUGAAGCAUUUUGCCAAGUCCUCUCUACAUGAAAGAGUGUUGGAGAUGUUCUGUGCUAUUCAACCAAUUGUACGUGAGAAGCCCUCUCCCAAAGCCGUCAGCACGUGUCUUAAUAUAUUAGUUGAGUCGAAGCAGAUAGAUUUGGCCCAGAAAUUUCUGUUGCAUGUCAAGGAUUUGAAAAUAAUGCCCAAUACCUGCAUCUUUAACAUCUUAGUUAAGCAUCACUGCAAAGGAGGGGAUCUCGAAUCUGCCUUCGAAGUUGUGCAGGAGAUGAAGAAGUGUAAGAGCUCUUAUCCUAAUUUGAUUACCUACUCAACUCUGAUGGCUGGGCUAUGUGAAAAUGGAAGACUUAAAGAAGCACUUGAAUUAUUUGAGGAGAUGGUGUCAAAAGAUCAAAUAUUGCCUGAUGCUCUUACAUACAGUGUUUUGAUUAAUGGUUUCUGCCGCGGUGGGAAAGUUGAUCGAGCAUGGAAGAUAAUAGAGUUCAUGAGAAAUAACGGAUGUAACCCAAAUGUAUUUAAUUAUUCAGUCCUGAUGAAUGGAUUUUGUAAAGAAGGAAGAUUGGAGGAGGCCAUAGAGGUUUUUCAUGAAAUGAAGAAUUGUGGGCUAAAGCCUGAUACAGUCGGCUAUACUACACUGAUAAAUUGCUUUUGCGCGACGGGGAAAACAGACGAAGCUAUAGAGCUGGUUAAAGAGAUGACAGACAUGAAAUGCAAAGCUGAUGUGGUAACUUAUAAUGUGUUACUUAAAGGUUUAUGCAGAGAAGGAAGAUUCGACGAGGCUAUCAAGAUGCUCGAGAAACUAGCUUAUGAGGGUGUUUAUUUGAACAAAGGAAGUUACAGGAUUGUUUUGAACUUCUUGUUCCAAGAAGACGAGUUGGAAAAGAGUUGUAAACUGCUGGGUUUAAUGCUUAGCAGAGGAUUUGUGCCGCAUCAUGCAACUUCAAACGAGCUGUUGGCUUCUCUUUGUAAAGCUGGAAUGGUAGAUGAUGCAGUUACGGCUUUCUUCGGGUUAGCUGGAAUGAGGUUUAAACCAGAACCCGAAUCCUGGGCUCUUUUGAUCGAAUACAUUUGCAGGGAAAGAAAAUUAUUGUCUGCGUUUGAACUGCUUGAUGAGUUAGUUACAAAAGAAACUGAUAAUUUUCCACCAUUUUGAUCUCUAAUAAUGAAAUUUGAACAUCAAA